CGCUGAAUGAAAAAAUAGACAAGGAAGGUCUUCUAUUCUACUACCCCUUUUCCUUAAUAGCACCUUCUUCCUCAUUCUGCCCUGCCCUACAAGGUACCGCCCCCUUCUCUGCUCUUCGAUUAGAUCGUCUCUACCUUCGUCGCACUCUAACCUGUUAAGAUUGCGUAACUUAUACAGCUCGUUUUAUGAUCUAUUUGCAGUAGUCGUUUGGUGUGUGUGCCAAAACAAACAAACAAACAAACAAACAAACAAACGUGAGAGAUGGUGAAGGUUCGGAUGAAUACGGCGGACGUCGCCGCCGAGGUGAAAUGCUUACGCCGGCUAAUCGGGAUGCGCUGUUCUAAUGUCUACGACCUCUCUCCUAAGACAUAUGUAUUCAAGUUGAUGAAUAGCAGUGGAAUUACCGAAUCUGGAGAGAGUGAGAAGGUUUUGUUGCUCAUGGAAAGCGGCGUCCGCUUGCAUACCACUGCAUAUCUUAGGGAUAAAAGUAAUACUCCUUCUGGGUUUACCCUUAAAUUACGAAAACACAUAAGGACUAGAAGGCUUGAGGAUGUAAGGCAGCUUGGAUAUGAUCGGAUAGUUCUCUUUCAAUUUGGGGUUGGUGCUAAUGCUUACUACAUUAUAUUGGAGUUAUAUGCGCAAGGAAACAUAAUACUCACCGAUUCCGAAUACAUGGUUUUAACUCUUCUGCGGUCACACAGGGAUGAUGAUAAGGGAUUUGCAAUCAUGGCACGGCAUCCUUAUCCGAUUGAAAAUUGUAGAGUCUUUGAGAGAACUGAUGGUGCAAAGCUAGAGUCAACGCUAACAUCCUUCAACAAUCAUCAAAUUGAGGAACAUGUGGAAGAUGGUUUAGGUGUAAAUGAGACACCUGGUGCACCACAAGCUAAAAAGGGAAAUCGAAAGGCUGUUAAGUCAGGUGAUGCUAGUAAAAAGAAGGAUAAUACCCAUGGCAAACAAGCUACGUUGAAGGUUGUUCUUGGGGAAGCUUUGGGUUAUGGACCGGCAUUAUCAGAACAUAUUAUAUUAGAUGCUAGCUUAACUCCAAACUUGAAAGUUUCCAAGGAUGUGAAGUUAGAGGAUAGUAGCAUUCAGGCUCUUACUGAAGGUGUUAAGAGGUUUGAGGACUGGCUGGAGGAUGUUAUAUCAGGUGCCAAAAUUCCCGAAGGAUACAUCUUAAUGCAAGAAAAGAAAAUAGGAAAGGAUCACAUCCCUGUUGAAUCAUCUGGCACUGAUCAGAUUUAUGAUGAGUUCUGCCCGUUAUUGUUAAAUCAGUUCAGAUUGAGGGUGUCUGUGAAAUUUGAGACCUUUGAUGCUGCAUUGGAUGAAUUCUACAGUAAAAUUGAGAGCCAGCGAGCUGAACAGCAACAACAAGCAAAAGAGAGUUCUGCAAUGCAAAAGCUUUCCAAAAUUCGCAAUGACCAGGAAAACCGUGUGCAAAUACUGAAGAAAGAAGUAGAUCGAGCUGUUACAAUGGCAGAACUUAUAGAAUACAAUUUAGAAGAUGUGGAUGCGGCUAUCUUGGCUGUUAGAGUAGCUCUUGCAAAUGGUAUGAAUUGGGAUGAUUUAACCCGGAUGGUCAAAGAGGAGAAGAAAUCUGGAAAUCCCGUUGCAGGCCUUAUUGACAAAUUACAUCUUGAAAGAAAUUCCAUGAGUCUGCUUUUGAGUAACAAUCUUGAUGAAAUGGACGAUGAUGAAAUUACUCAACCCGUGGAAAAGGUGGAAGUUGAUCUAUCACUUUCUGCUCAUGCCAAUGCUCGACGGUGGUAUGAGCAAAAGAAAAAACAAGAGAGCAAACAAGAAAAGACUCUUACAGCUCAUGCAAAGGCCUUCAAGGCUGCUGAAAAGAAGACACGUCAGCAACUCUCUCAGGAAAAAUCCGUUGCUGCCAUUUCACAUAUACGAAAAGUGCACUGGUUUGAAAAGUUUAAUUGGUUCAUCAGCAGUGAGAAUUAUUUGGUUAUCAGUGGACGGGAUGCUCAACAAAAUGAGAUGAUAGUCAAGCGUUACAUGUCAAAAGGAGAUCUGUAUGUCCAUGCAGAAUUACACGGAGCUUCGAGCACAGUGAUUAAGAAUCACAAGCCUGAUAGUCCUGUACCCCCCCUUACACUGAAUCAAGCCGGAUCUUUUACUGUCUGUCAUAGCCAAGCUUGGAACUCGAAGAUCGUUACGAGUGCAUGGUGGGUAUACCCUCACCAAGUGAGCAAAACCGCUCCUACGGGAGAAUAUCUUACGGUCGGCAGUUUUAUGAUCAGAGGAAAGAAAAACUUUCUUCCACCUCAUCCGUUAAUCAUGGGCUUUGGAAUAUUAUUCCGUUUAGACGAGACUUCAUUGGGGUCCCACCUGAACGAAAGGAGAGUAAGGGGUGAAGAUGAAGGACUUAACGAGACUGAAGACACCGAGCCUUUUAAAGAACUGUCGGAUACCGGUUCUGAGAAUGAAGCACCAGAUGCUGAAAACCCAGUGCACGUUUCUGAUUUAUCAACAGAUAACCAAAAAUUGGGAAAUGUUUCAUCUGAAGUUGACUGCAAUCGCGAUUUAUCGACAGAUAACCAAAACUUGGGAAAUGUUUCCUCUGAAGUUGACUGCAAUCGUGAAGUUAGCUCUGAUUCGGCACAGGUUUCUGUUGAAGAGAAGACGUCUGCUGCAACUGCGUCCCCUGAACUUGAGGAUCUAUUAGAUAGAGCCCUUGAACUUGGAUCGGCUGCUAAAAAGUACGGGCUCAUUCCGUCCUCACAAACUGAAUCUGAUAUUAAUAAUAACGGUAAUGAGGAGAAGAAAGAAACAGUGAGUAGGGAGAAGCCUUAUAUUUCCAAAGCGGAAAGAAGAAAGCUCAAGAAAGGACAAACGCAUAGUGAAGGUGGAAAUGGUGGUCACGUGGAGAAAAAGAAGCUUAGUGAAGGCGGAGAUGGUGGUCAUGCAGAGAAAAAGAAGAAUAAAGCUGAACAGAAAAACAUUGAGAAUAUAAUGGUGGACGGUGGUGGAAAGGUCAGUCGUGGUCAGAAGGGUAAACUUAAGAAGAUGAAAGAAAAAUACGGGGAUCAAGAUGAGGAAGAACGGAAAAUCAGAAUGGCUUUACUUGCCUCUGCUGGAAGAGCUAAAUCUUAUGAACAAGAAGCGCAAAGCGAAGCAAUAGCUACAAGCAAAGAGUUGAAACCUGUAGGCGGCGGCGGCAAUGAAGAUGCUAUAAAAAGAUGCUACAAGUGUAAAAAGGUUGGGCAUCUGGCUAAAGAUUGUCGAGAAGACGCAAAUGGAGUUGCGCAGCUUAAUGAAGCUGAGAGGAUGGCAAUGGAAGAAGAUGAUAUAAAAGAGAUUGGUGAAGACGAGAAAGAGAAAUUGAAUGAUGUGGAUUAUCUGACAGGGGUUCCUUUACCAAACGACAUUCUUUUGUAUGCGGUGCCUGUUUGUGCUCCUUAUGCUGCUGUACAAUCAUAUAAAUAUCGUGUGAAGAUAAUCCCUGGAACAGCAAAGAAAGGAAAAGCUGCAAAAAUGGCGAUGAAUUUGUUUGGUCACAUGCCGGAAGCAAGCCAACGAGAGAAAGAGUUGAUGAAGGCAUGUACAGACCCGGAGUUGAUGGCUGCGAUUAUUGGGAACGUCAAGAUAUCUGCAGCAGGACUGACUCAGCUUAAGCAGAAACAAAAGAAAGGAAAGAAAGCAGCCAGUAAACAAAGCUAAGUUUACCGAUAGGAGAGGAGAAUGUAAACAUACAUACACGACACUAAAAUUUUGGCAAUGCAGAUGAGCAAAAAGUAAUCUUUAUGGUAUAGUUGCGAGUAAUCAUUCCGCCAAAAGUGUUUUGCUAUUAUAACGUUCUGUUUUCGACGCCAAAAGCAUUUUGCUAUUAUAAUGUUCUGUUUUCGAAAGCCAGUUACUGAUUGACUAUAUGCUACUCACCUCAUACCGGUUUUGGUUUAAUGUUUGGUCUUUCUUUCUUUC